CAUAAACUGCUUAUUGAGGCUGCAGAUGAGAACCCAGAGAUCAAACUGUGGAUCUUUAGACGGGAGCAGAAACGCUCAGAUGAAGUGUGGAAGCAGCGCAUCCGAUGAUAAACUAGGCUGCAGAGGAUGAAGGCUGUUUUCUUUUUCUCCUGUUGUUUUUUGACCACGGCUCUGGCUUCCAUCGCAGCUGGAGAAAUAUUUACGUCGCUCCAAAACGUGAGGCAAGCCAUCCUGGUUGAAAGGAAACUGAUCGGUUAUCUGAGAACUUAUAUCGACAGCGAGUUGGAGAGACUGAGGGACAUCAGGCGGUUUUAUGCCAAAGUUUCUGACCUGCACGCAGAACUCUACAAAGGCCCUGCAGCUGCAACAGCAAACCCACUGGUUGCCUUCACCCUGGUCAAACGGCUACAUUCAGAAUGGCUGAACAUCGUUUACAGCAAUGAAGCUCAGGAAAACACUCAAACCCUCAGGUCCAAAUAUGAGGAAGAGGAGGCCGACCUGCCCAAAGUCGAAGACCUUCGAGGGGCUGCAAGGGGGCUGAUGAGGCUCCAGGAUGUGUAUUCUCUGCAAGUUUCAAGUCUUGUAAAGGGUCGUUUCCAAAGGGUUACCAAUGGAGGUGUGAUUGAAGUGUGCUCUCCUGCUGUGUCUGUCUCCCUCACUGGUGACGACUGCUUUCUGGUCGGAAAGGUGGCCUAUGAGCAGGAAGAUUAUUACCACUCAGUUCACUGGUUGGAGGAGUCGGUGCGUCUCUUCAGGGGAGAAGGAGGAAAGUGGAGCCCUGAGAAUGAAGGGACUUUAGAGGACGCUCUGGAUCACCUCGCAUUUUCCCACUUUAAAACAGGAAAUGUCUCCUAUGCUUUGAGUUUGUCCCAUGAGUUACUGCAUCAUGAUCCAAUGAAUGGACGGGUGUUGCAGAAUGUUGAGAAAUACGAGAAGCUGCUGGGUUCUGCUGGUGCAUCAAGUGGGGGUAGUUUAAGAAGACCCAGCUCUACUUAUUUAAGGACACAGGACACUUAUGAGAGACUGUGUCUGACUCAAGGCUCCCAGCCAAUGCAUUUUGAAAAUCCCAACCUGUUCUGUGACCACUUCACCAACAACAACAGCCCUGCUCUGCUGCUGCAGCCUGUGAGACGAGAGGUGCUGAGCCUGCAGCCUCAUGUUGUUCUGUACCAUGACUUCAUCACAGGCGCCGAGGCGGAGGACAUCAAACAGCUUGCCCAGUCUGGUUUGAAGAGAUCUGUGGUGGCAAGUGGGAAGAAGCAGGAAACAGCAGAUUAUCGAAUCAGCAAGAGCGCGUGGCUGAAGGGCUCAGAGGGCUCCAUCGUUGGAAGGUUGGACCAAAGGAUUUCUGUGCUAACAGGUUUAAAUGUGAAGCAUCCAUAUGGCGAGUUCCUCCAGGUGGUGAAUUAUGGAAUCGGUGGCCACUAUGAACCUCAUUUUGACCACGCUACAUCGCCCACCAGUCCUGUUUUCAAGCUGAAAACUGGGAAUCGUGUGGCAACCUUCAUGAUUUAUCUCAGCUCAGUUGAAGCUGGUGGGUCCACAGCCUUCAUAUACGCCAACUUCAGUGUUCCAGUAGUAGCGAAGUCUGCCCUAUUCUGGUGGAACCUCCACAGAAAUGGACAGGGGGAUGAAGACACCUUGCAUGCUGGUUGCCCAGUGCUUAUUGGUGAUAAAUGGGUAGCCAACAAAUGGAUCCACGAGUACGGCCAAGAAUUUCAGCAUCGCUGCAGCCUGAAUCCUAAAGAGUGAAAGGGACAAACUGAUCCUGUGAAAAAGAAGCCUUGACCACCGUCAGGCACAUUGGCAAAGAGAGAAGAGGCAACAGCCAGAGUGUGUGUUUGGAAUGGAGGGAUAACUUGAAU